AUGGAUAUCACCACUUGCGAAGAAAUGGAAAAUAUCGCGAAUUAUGCGCCACUAUCGAUCGCAUUAUUAACAUUCACAAUAAUUUCAAUAAUCGGAGUUCCUAUGGUUAUCUAUCUGAUCUUCAAUAUAUUUCAUAACUCACUUUAUCAUUCAAACACCAAAAUUCUAUUGCUGGCUCAUUGUUUUUUUCUUCUUCUCCAUCUUCUCAAUCGCAUAUUUUUACAUAGUCUUGAUCUUUAUCGAUGGCAUAUUACUUUGCCUAAAACAAAUUCAGGAUGUGAUAUCCUAUUGACCAGCAAUGAUUGCUUCUUCUAUCGAUUUAUUUUCAAUUGUGGAAUCUGGUUCAGUGGAACUACUCCAUUAUUUAUUAUUAUUGAACGAUAUUUAGCAACUGUUAAAAUAACUACUUAUCAAAACGACAAAAAAUAUGGAUUUCUUCUGAUUGUUGCUCAGAUUAUGGUGUCCGGGUUCUUUUUAUCAAUGUUGUACAAUGGAUAUAGUUUUGGCACUUCUCGAUACUAUUGCAUGACUGCCAAACCAAGUACGUAUAUUCUCAAAAAAAAACCUUUUUUUUUAAAUUGAAGGUGUGUACUUUGUUUAAAUUGUAUUAUUUUUAUAGAUAUGUCAUUCUAUAAAUCAAUAUCACUUCUUGGAAUUGCACUAACUCAAGUCUUGGCAGUCAUUGGAUUACAAUUUCUAUUCCAAAAAAAUAUGAAAAUCCAGCAAGUUUUCAAAGAACAAGGUGUGCAUCUUCUUAAGCGUUAUCAAGUUGAAGAAACUCUCCGAUCCCUAAAAACCCUAAAGCAACCAAUUUAUACAAUGUUCAUCUCGCAAUUUCUAUUCACCUCUUGCUCAUUUUUCUGUCAUCGUUAUGGAUUUCACUUUGCCCAAGAGGAUUAUUAUGUUACAUUGGAGAGUUUUGUACUUCUUCCCGAAUAUAGUGUGAUUUUUGUUAUAUUGUUUAUCCGGAAUAACAAAAUAAUCAGUCGGGAAAGAAAAUCACACUUGACUCAAAAAAUCAACGUCGAGUCUGAAGAAUAUUUCAAUCAAUAUAGAAAUGCUUGGCAAAAUUAAUUUUUAAGUUAUGACUAAUUUUUGUUUUUAGUUUCCUCCUGAUCAAAAACCUCUUUGUUUUCCGCAAAAAGUGUCCCAAGAGAAAGAACUAGGUUAUUUUUUUAUUAUCAGAUUUUUCGGAAGCAUUCAGUGCAAUAAUAAAAUAACUUUACAAUGUAAUUUCGCUGGGUUCCUGUUUUCCGGGCCAUUUUCAGUUGUUCAUACUUCAAUUAUCCUAUGCAUAAUCGUCUUUCAUUUGUCAGCGAUUACUAUCAAAUUUGGAAUCUGAGAAGUUCUACACAAUGCUCGAAUCUCUGGUUGUUCUGCCCGAAUACACAUUGAUUUUUGUGAUAACUUUCAUCCAAACUGAUAAUCGCAUCAAACUUCAGGGACUCAAAAAUUAG